AUGGGCACCCUGCGGGAUUUACAGUACGCGCUCCAGGAGAAGAUCGAGGAGCUGAGGCAGCGGGAUGCCCUCAUCGACGAGCUGGAGCUGGAGUUGGAUCAGAAGGACGAACUGAUCCAGAAGCUGCAGAACGAGCUGGACAAGUACCGCUCGGUGAUCCGGCCGGCCACCCAGCAGGCGCAGAAGCAGAGCGCCGGCACCUUGCAGGGCGAGCCGCGCACCAAGCGGCAGGCGAUCUCCGCCGAGCCCACCGCCUUCGACCUCCAGGAUCUCAGCCAUGUGACCCUGCCCUUCUACCCCAAGAGCCCACAGUCCAAGGAUCUCAUAAAGGAAGCUAUCCUUGACAAUGACUUUAUGAAGAACCUGGAGCUGUCGCAGAUCCAAGAGAUUGUGGAUUGUAUGUACCCAGUGGAGUACGGCAAAGACAGUUGCAUCAUCAAAGAAGGAGAUGUGGGGUCGCUGGUGUAUGUCAUGGAAGAUGGUAAGGUUGAGGUUACAAAAGAAGGUGUGAAGCUCUGCACCAUGGGUCCAGGGAAAGUGUUCGGCGAGCUGGCGAUUCUUUACAACUGUACCCGGACGGCGACCGUCAAAACUCUUGUAAAUGUGAAACUCUGGGCCAUUGAUCGACAAUGUUUUCAAACGAUCAUGAUGAGGACAGGACUCAUCAAGCAUACCGAGUAUAUGGAAUUUUUAAAAAGUGUCCCAACAUUCCAGAGCCUUCCUGAAGAAAUCCUCAGUAAGCUUGCCGAUGUCCUUGAAGAGACCCACUAUGAGAACGGGGAGUAUAUCAUCAGACAAGGUGCGAGAGGGGACACCUUCUUUAUCAUCAGCAAAGGAACGGUAAACGUCACUCGGGAAGACUCCCCCAGUGAAGACCCCGUCUUUCUUCGAACUUUAGGGAAAGGAGACUGGUUUGGAGAGAAAGCCUUGCAGGGGGAGGAUGUGAGGACAGCAAACGUAAUCGCCGCAGAGGCUGUGACCUGCCUUGUCAUCGACAGAGACUCUUUCAAGCAUUUGAUUGGAGGACUGGAUGAUGUCUCCAAUAAAGCAUAUGAAGAUGCAGAAGCCAAAGCAAAAUACGAAGCCGAAGCUGCUUUCUUCGCCAACCUGAAGCUGUCUGACUUCAACAUCAUCGACACCCUCGGAGUCGGAGGCUUCGGACGAGUGGAGCUGGUCCAGUUGAAAAGUGAAGAAUCCAAAACCUUCGCCAUGAAGAUUCUCAAGAAACGCCACAUCGUGGAUACGAGACAGCAGGAGCACAUCCGCUCGGAGAAGCAGAUCAUGCAGGGGGCGCAUUCCGACUUCAUAGUGAGAUUGUACAGAACGUUUAAGGACAGCAAAUAUUUGUACAUGUUGAUGGAAGUGUGCCUGGGAGGAGAGCUCUGGACCAUUCUCAGGGAUAGAGGUUCAUUUGAAGAUUCUACGACAAGAUUUUACACAGCAUGCGUGGUGGAAGCGUUCGCCUAUCUGCAUUCCAAAGGAAUCAUUUACAGGGACCUCAAGCCAGAAAAUCUCAUCCUGGAUCACAGAGGCUACACCAAGCUGGUUGAUUUUGGCUUUGCAAAGAAAAUAGGAUUUGGAAAGAAAACAUGGACUUUUUGUGGGACUCCGGAGUACGUAGCCCCAGAGAUCAUCCUGAACAAAGGCCAUGACAUUUCCGCCGACUACUGGUCACUGGGAAUCCUGAUGUAUGAACUUCUGACUGGCAGCCCACCUUUCUCAGGCCCAGAUCCUAUGAAAACAUAUAACAUCAUACUGAGGGGGAUUGACAUGAUAGAAUUUCCAAAGAAGAUUGCCAAAAAUGCUGCUAAUUUAAUUAAAAAACUAUGCAGGGAUAACCCAUCAGAAAGAUUAGGGAAUUUGAAAAACGGCGUGAAAGACAUUCAGAAGCACAAAUGGUUUGAGGGCUUUAACUGGGAAGGCUUAAGAAAAGGGACCUUGACACCACCCAUAAUACCAAGUGUGGCAUCACCCACAGACACAAGCAAUUUCGACAGUUUCCCUGAGGACAAUGACGAGCCGCCCCCUGAUGACAACUCGGGAUGGGACAUAGACUUCUAAUGUAUUUCUCUUACCUGCUUCUGCCUUGCUGAAGUCAGCUUUUCCUGAGACACAGCUGCCAGCAAACCUGAGGGACGGAGAGAAGAUUAGUGCUCGGGGUCACCAUGAUGCCUUUGAUCGAUGCUGCUCCGGUAACUACAGUGGCAUUAGGACUUAUUGCUUAGAUGACAGUAGUGCUCUUUACAUGUUUUCUGUUGGAUCCUCAAAAUAGCAGUUGACAUGGUGGUCCUGAAGCAAAGCCUUUCACCCCAGUAUUGAGAUGUCUUCUAGUGUUGCGAUGACCUUGCUUUGCUCUGACUAUACUUUGAAAGACUGUCAGAAACAUGUCAAUCUAGUCAAAGAGUCUGGAUCUUGCUAGAAUUAUCAGGAAGAUCAGAAAAUAUUAUAGUGGGUACAAUAGAUGACCGUGGUACAAAAUCAGGGCUCUUCCUUUCCUUCCGGGGAGGUCGGAGGAUACAUUCAUGCAAGCCGGUGUCUACACCGCACGGAAGAGGGCCACACGUCUGUUGGUCAAGAGGGCAUGUCAAACCAGUGCUAGAAGUUUCCUAAUUUCCCAACCGUGCUGAUGACGAGACUGAAUGUUACCUUUCCUUUCCGACAGAUUUUAAAAAUUGAUACGAUCAAAAGCACAACUGCUAUAGAUUCUGCUGAGGACUCUCAUAG